AUGGCAGUUGCGUGUGACAGCGCCGUGCGGACAGCAGGCAGUCACGAGGUGUCACAUGGGCUUUCAAUCAGAUUCCCUGCAAUCUUGGACCCACAGCGGAGCUUCGAGGCUAGUCCGCUUCUGUUGGAUAGGUGGAUGGAUCUCGGCAUGGUCUUGCAUCGAAUGCUUUUUUUCUGGGCUGCCCCCGGCUCGCCCAUAUUUCUCCCCAACGGCACGCGCAUCUUCAACCGCCUCGUCGAGUUCCUGCGCCGCCAGUAUGUCCGCUACGGCUUCGAGGAGGUGCUCACCCCCACCAUCUACAAGAAGGCUCUGUGGGCCAGGUCGGGCCACCUCGAGAACUACUCGGACGACAUGUUCACCGUGACGAGCACGUCGCCGUCGCGCACCGACAGCAACACCGCGCUCGACGCCCAGAACCCCGCCGCCGCCGGCGAGGCCGACGACUACGGGCUAAAGCCCAUGAACUGCCCGGGCCACUGCCUCAUCUUCGCGUCCCAGCGCCGCAGCUACCGCGAACUGCCCAUCCGCUACGCCGACUUCAGCCCCCUACACCGCAACGAGGUCUCGGGUGCCCUGAGCGGCCUCACGCGCGUGCGCCGCUUCCACCAGGACGACGGCCACAUCUUCUGCCGCCCAUCGCAGAUCGAGGACGAGAUCAGGCGCACGCUCGAGUUCGUCCGGGAGACGUACGCCACGCUCAAGCUGGGCGACUACCGGCUGGUGCUGUCCACCCGGCCCGAGGACCACUUCAUCGGCGAGGCGGCCGAGUGGGACCAGGCCGAGACGGCGCUGCGCCAGGCCCUCGACGGCCUGGGCCAGCCUUGGACCCUCAGCCCCGGCGACGGCGCCUUCUACGGCCCCAAGAUCGACAUCAUCCUGCGCGACUCGGACGGCAAAGAGCACCAGACCGCCACGGUCCAGCUCGACUUCCAGCUGCCCAAGCGCUUCGACCUCGAGUACCAAGCACCCGACGACGAUACCACGGCGGCGGCGGGCCCGUCCCGACCCGUCCUCAUCCACCGCGCCGUGCUGGGCUCGGUGGAGAGGUUAAUGGCGCUUCUGGUCGAGCACUACAACGGCAAAUACCCCUUCUGGCUGAAUCCUCGCCAGGUUAUGAUCAUGGCCGUCAACGAUACCCCGCCCGUAGUUGCCCGGGCGCGUGCUGUCAAAGCCCAGCUGCUCGGCCAGGGCGUUGGUCAGCAGCCGGCGGGUACUGCGGCGGCGGCGUCGCAGCUCGCCAUAGACAUAGACGACAGCGCACGGUCGAUUGGGCUCAAGGUCAGGGAGGCCAAGUCCAAGGGUUACGGUGCUAUAAUCACGGUCGGGGCUCAAGAAGUCGAGUCAGACCUUCUCCCCGUCGAAUUCAAGGGCAUACCCAACCCAAUACUCCCUGACGGGUCGUCCCUGGUCAAGCAGGAGGGCAAAAGUCCGAUAAAACUCAAGGCAGCAGACCUGUGCCAGAUCCUCAGGCAUACAGUAGACUCGUACGAAUAG